ACAGCUUCACCAGAACCGCCUGCGGAAAAGUGACUAAUCGAAAUGGCAGACGUUGCGACUCCUGCCGACAAGAAGGCACCUCCAAAAUUCAAGCAGAGGACUGUCCGUACCUUCAAGAGCAAGGCGCCAAAGCCUGGCCAGAAGGGGUUUGGAGACGACAUCCCUGGCAUGGAGGGCCUUGGCACUGACUUCACAGUGGUUUGCCCCUGGGAAGCCUUCGGGGACAUGGAGCUCAGCGACCUGGCGAAAUAUGGAAUUAUUUAGCCCUCCUUCCUCCUCUGCCUUUGUCCCCGUUGCCACCGCCAUCCCUCGUAUUACCCUCUUAUUUCUUCAGCAGCUGCAACUCUACUAGCUUUAAGAUCUACAAAGACUCAAGUUUAGGAUGUUUUAGAG